AUGUUUUUCCAUCUUGUAUUUAAUUUUCCAGAUGAAGAUGGAAACAACCACUGGCCAGAAUUUCUCAAGUUUUUGUUUGAUUGUGCAAGUUCCCAAAAUACAGUUUAUAAGGAAGCAUCAUUACAGAUGUUUACAGCUGUACCUGGUAUUUUUGGAAACCAGCAGAACAGAUACCUAGAAGUAAUUCGACAAAUGCUCUUACAGAGUCUUCAAGACCCAACAAACUUAAAUGUCCGGUUAGCUGCUGUCAGGGCUACAACAGCCUUUUUACUAGCUCAUGAAAAAGAACAUAACAUCCAGAAACACAUGGUAGACUGCCUUCUACCUCUUUUACAGGUUCUGCAGCAAAGUUUGGAGCAGCAGAAUGAGGACUUUGUUUUAAAGAGUUUUGUUGACCUAGCUGAAUCUUGUCCCCGAUUCCUACGGAGUCAACUUGACCUGCUUUUACAGAUAUGUUUGAAGAUCAUCUCAGAAACUAAAAUGGCUGAUUCCUGGCGCCAUCUGGCUCUAGAAAUAAUUGUAACACUCUCUGAAACUGCUCCUGCAAUGAUGAGAAAACUUGCAAGUAAACACAUUACACAAUUAGUUCCCUUGAUCUUCAAUAUGAUGAUUGACUUAGAAGAAGAGGAAGAUUGGGCAUUUUCAGAUGAAACCUUAGAUGAUGACAAUGACAGUAAUCCAAUGGUUGGAGAAUCAGGGUUGGAUAGGCUUGCUUGUGCUUUAGGUGGAAAAGUAAUGCUGCCUCUUGUUGUUAACAUUCUACCAACCAUGCUUACUAGUGCAGAUUGGAAGCAUCGGUAUGCAGGACUAAUGGCAAUAGCAGCUGUGGGGGAGGGUUGUCAUCGCCACAUGGAGGCAUCUUUACCAGAGAUAGUUGAUGGCAUUCUUCCAUAUCUUCAGGAUCCGGUCCUUCCUGGAUUAUUAAUGAUCCUGGAAAAUUCAGCUUUUCCCAGAGUCCAGGCUCAUGCUGGGGCAGCUUUGGUCAACUUUUUUGAGGAUUGUCCAAAAUCUGUUGUAGCUCUAUACCUUGAUAAAAUCAUUAGCACUCUGGAAGGUGUCCUGAGCUGUAAGUUCAAAGAGCUUGUUGAAAAAGGCACAAAAUUGGUUUUAGAACAAGUAGUAGUAACUCUAUCAUCGGUAGCAGACAGUGCCGAAGAAAAGUUUGUACAGUAUUAUGAUAGGUUUAUGCCAUGCUUGAAAUAUAUAAUUCAAAAUGCAAAUACUGAAGAACUACGUCUUCUGAGAGGCAAAACUAUAGAAUGUGUGAGUCUAAUAGGGCUGGCUGUUGGCCAAGAAAAAGUAAGAAUUCUCAGUUUUAUUUAUGAUAAUUUUCAUUUUUUGACUGGAGUUUAUUUACUCCACAUACCCCAUUUAUCUUACAUGAUAUCAGCCUGGGCUAGGAUAUGCAAGAUUCUUGGUAAACAGUUUGAGCCUUAUCUUCCUUGUGUGAUGGGACCAGUUUUAAAGGCAGCAUCCUUGAAGCCAGAAAUUGCUCUCUUAGAUAGUGAAGACAUGAAAGUGGUGGAAGGAGAUGAUGACUGGCAGUUUGUUAGCCUUGGUGAACAGCAAAACUUUGGAAUCAGAACAGUGGGCCUGGAAGAAAAAGCAACAGCCUGCCAAAUGUUAGUGUGUUAUGCUCGUGAAUUAAAGGAAGGAUUUUCUGCAUAUACAGAAGAAGUAGUGAAACUGAUGGUGCCUUUACUUAGAUUUUACUUUCAUGAUGGUGUUCGAACCGCAGCUGCUGAGUGCCUUCCUUAUCUGUUAGAAUGUGCUCGAAUUCGUGGAGAAGAUUACCUUGCAGAGAUGUGGCGAUAUAUUUGUCCAGAACUUUUAAAAUCAGUGGAUAGUGAACCAGAGAAGGAAGUACUCUCUGAACACAUGCAUGCAUUGGCCAAAUGUAUAGAAGUACUUGGACGAGGUUGUUUGUCAGAAGAACACAUGGCAGAACUUUUAAAAGUUCUUGACAAGAGUCUUAAAGAUCAUUUUGAAAGAGCACAAGAGCGGCAGGAGAAGAGAAAAGAUGAGGACUAUGAUGAGAUAGUGGAAGAAGAACUAUUAGAUGAGGAUGAUGAAGAUGUCUAUAUCCUCAGUAAAGUUGCAGAUAUUCUGCAUUCAUUAUUUAGCACCCACAAGCAAGACUUUUUACCUUGUUUUGAUCACUUACUUCAACAUUUUGUCAGGCUUUUGGGUCAUGACAGAUCAUGGGCUGAUCAACAGUGGGCAAUCUGUGUAUUUGAUGAUGUCAUUGAACAUGGAGGUUCUGCAUGUGUAAAGUAUCAACAGUACUUUCUUAAGCCGAUGUUGGAUGCUUUAGCAAGUCCUAACCCUGAGGUUCGACAGGCAUCUGCUUACGGAUUUGGUGUAAUGGGUCAGUUUGCAGGGGAAGGUUUUGCCAAAACUUGUGCUGAUGCUACACCUCAUCUGAUACAGAUGAUCAAUAUGUCAGAGUCACGUUCACCAGAAAACCUAGCAGCCACAGAGAAUGCUAUUGCUGCUGUCACAAAGAUCUUAAUGUACAACAACAGCCAUAUAUCUGUAGAUGAAAUUCUGCCCCUUUGGCUUGGGUGGCUGCCUGUAUGGGAGGAUGAGGAUGAAGCCCCUCAUGUUUAUGGUUUUCUUUGCACACUUCUUGAACAGAAUAACACCAUCCUGUUGGGCAAGGACAACUGUAAUUUACCUCAUAUAGUGGCUGUUAUGGCUGAAGCUUUUGCCCGAGAAGCAGUAGAUCCACAAACAGAGGUUGGGAAAAAAAUGACUACUUUAUUACACCAUCUCCAGAUCAACAGUGAUGUAUUUGCAGUAUGCUUAAAACAACUCACACCUGGACAGCAGCAAGCCCUUCACCAGUUAUUAGCCCUACAUUGACCUUACAUGCACUUAACUCUGCUCAACUAGUUUAUAGUGAUUUUUGGUUUGUUAAAAAGAAAUACAUCAAAGUGAUUAGUUGCAGAAUGACUGUUGCUUUACCCUGGAGCAAAAAGAAUAUCUAACAGAACAUGCCUCUGGAACCCAAAGUUGUAUAUUAAAAUUUAGUGAAAUUUUGCUGUAUUUCAUUCCUAUUCUUUCAAAAAUAAAUAAUAUUUAAUGUUUUCUC